CGGACUAGGUCUUAUGGCAACCAUACAAACAAUAGUAAAUUUAGACUACUGCACGUGGAGGAAGGUCUACCGUAAGAUAAGGGGAUACAUGGAUACUUAUUCAAGAUGAACACGAUGUAAACAUGUAAGAAAAUAAGGAAAAGUCUGUUAACGCGCUUCGAAGUCAUUCAAGCCUCUACCUGUCCAAGAUUGUCACCGGAGUGUCGCUAACUGGUGACCUAAAUCCAGAACACAAUGGAUCACACCGGUGGGUCGUACAUGCAACAGCCGUUCACCAGCUCGGAGGCGGUCCGGCGGUGCUUCCAUGUUCCCACUGCCCCCCUGUCUAGUCAAGUCAACGCCAAAGUGCCACGUCCCCCCUAUGGCCAAGGGAGGCCCACAUCAGCCCCAGUUCGGCGGAGUUCCUACACCUACGGGAAUGGUGGAACACACACAGAUGCUGUCUACAGCCGAUACACUCACGAUACAUCCGUCUCCAGGUUCGCCCCCUUUGCAGCCAGGAAGACAGAGGCCUUCAUGAACUCCUCCUUGGGGUACCCCGUGCCGGAUGGCGGCAAGAGCUACCCCCUCCCCAACUACACCCCCCUGAACGACCCUCACCUUGUGGAGUAUUUUGAGAGGAGGUUCGGGACUCUUCAGCUUGAUGCUCUCCGCAGACAGAGGAACAGCAUCGUCCGCAGCAGCAGCAGCAGCAGCCUUGGUCUUCGUCGUUCUGUCACACCACAGAAGGGGGACAUCCAGUACAAGGUGUUCGUUACCACGGGGAUGGAGAAGGGAGCCAGUACCGAUGCCAAGGUAUAUCUAAAAAUGACUGGCACGAAGGGUAAGUUUCCCAAACAUCGACUGACAAAGAAAGCGGGAUCUGUCAGGUCCAACAAUGCAGUGUCCUUCAACUUCAGCAAGGGCACGACCCACAUGUUCAAGGUCAAGGGGCCAAAUAUCGGAGAUAUCAAGUCUAUUGUUAUGGAGCAUUCCGGAACCAGCAGGGAACAGAGCUGGUUUUUAGAGAAAGUGAAAAUUUUGAACACAAAGAACAAGAAGCAAUGGGUGUUCCACUGUGGCCAGUGGUUGUCGUACUACCACACAGAUGGAAAGACGUCGCGACAACUCUUCCCACAAGUUGCCUCCAAAACAGAAUACGAGAUCGUCACGGUGACGGGAGACAAGAGAGGAGCUGGUACUGAUGCUAAUGUAUUUGUGAAAAUAUUUGGCAAAACUGGUGCUACCGGGAAGUUCCAUCUACGGAGCAAUGUGAAGUCAACAUUUAAACGCAACAGCAGCAAUUCCUUCCGCGUCAGCUCCAACUGUGUCGGUCCACUCACCAAACUCAGGGUGGAGCACGACAACACGGGCCUUGCAGCAGGCUGGUUUCUAGAGAGGGUAGUCGUGACUGACCUCAACAACCCAAAGUGGAAAUAUUUCUUCCCCUGUGGUCAGUGGCUGGCUAAAGAUGAAGGCGACGGCUCCAUCUCGCGUGACCUCAUCGGCAGUCGAGACCCCAUGGCCAUCAGGAAAAUGGCCAAGUACAAGGUGACUGUGUUCACUGGCAACGUCAAAGGUGCAGGGACCGAUGCCAAUGUCUACCUGACCAUGUUUGGAGAGAAUGGAGAUUCAGGAGAGAGACCACUCAGGAAGGCAAAGAAAAACAACUUCGAGAGAGGAAAGAGGGAUGAAUUCAUUGUUGAAUGUCCACGUCUUGGUCGCCUGGAGAGGUUGCGGAUUGGUCACGACAACUCUGGGUUUGGGCCUGGAUGGUUCCUGGAUAAGAUCAUCAUCGAUGAUGUGGAGAUGGGCUCUGUGUACGAGUUCCCGUGUGGGCGAUGGUUCGCAUCCGACGAGGACGAUGGACAGAUAUCACGAGACCUCCUCCUCAACGUGGGACCAAUGGAAGCAGCCCCUGAUACAGGAAUCCCAUACAUCAUCACCGUGACAACGGGUGACAAAGCCAAUGCCGGAACGGAUGCUCGUGUCUACAUUGAGCUGUUUGGCGAUAAGGGAAAGGAAACGAGUGGCAAGAUUUGGCUCGAUAACGGAAAGUUUGACAGAAACAAAACCGACAUUUUCAACAUUGGUGUAGCAAAGAUGAUGAGUCCUCUAGACCACAUCAUCAUUGGCCAUGACAACAGCGGCGCCGCACCUGGAUGGUACCUGGACAGCGUGUCCGUGUACUGUGCUAGCGCCGGCAUUGAGCAGUUCUUCCUCUGUGGCAAGUGGUUGGCCAGUGACGAACAUGAAGAGGUCAUCCAGAGGACGCUCUAUGAGCAGGUGUCUCGCAGGAAGAAGAGGGAGAAGAAGAUGACAUGGUUUGUGUGGGUUCACACUUCGGACCUGCAGAACGCGGGGACGGAUGCAAACGUUUACGUGACGAUGUAUGGAGAGAAAGGGAAGACGGAUGACCACCUGCUGGAGAACAAGGGUGACACCUUCGAACAGGGCAAGAUGGACCGCUUCAAACUGGACUUGACCGACAUCGGCAAACCUUACAAGCUUCGAGUCUGGCACGACAACAAGGGAGCCUUCUCUGGAUGGCAUUUGAACAAGGUUGAGAUGGAGAACAUGACAACAAAGGACCGGUACAUCUUCACGUGUGACAAGUGGAUGGCCACGGAUGAGGACCAGGGAGAGACCGUACGGGAGAUGCCUGCCGAGGGCCCCCUCGUCAAGAAACCGAUGUCCUUGGUGAGCUAUUCAGUGGAGGUCCACACGGGUAAGCGACAAUACGCUGGCACCGAUGCCAACGUCUACGUCAACAUCUUCGGCGACUUCGGUGACACCGGCAAACGGAAUCUAAGGAAGUCUAAGAACAACAUCAAUAAGUUCGAGAAAGACAAGUUUUCCCCUGGCCAGGUUGACACAUUUGAAAUCGAGGCUGUGACCUUGAAGAAGUUGAACAAGAUCCGUGUGGGGCAUGAUGGGAAGGGCCCAGGAAGUGGCUGGUUUCUCGACAAGAUUGUUGUCAAACAGAUCGGCUCAACAAAAUAUGACACCACUUUUGAGUGCAAUAGGUGGUUGGCGGAGGAUGAGGAUGAUGGUCACAUUGAGCGGGACAUCACAGCCAGUGGCUCACAGAUGCUUGGCACAACAAGGUAUGUGAUAGAUGUGAAAACAGGCGACGUACGAGGCGCUGGCACUGAUGCCAAUGUCUUUCUGAAGAUAUUCGGCAGCAAAGGCGACACAGGCGACAUGCAGCUGAAGUCAUCCGAGUCAGCCACCAACAAGUUUGAGCGGAACAGAACAGACAAGUUCAUUAAAGAUGCUUCCGACAUUGGAAAGAUCAAGAGUGUCCGAAUCGGCCAUGACGGAACGAAGCCUGGUGCUGGUUGGUUCCUGGACAACGUCUCCAUCGACAUCCCCUCCCGCGGCGAGCACUACUACUUUGCCGCUCACCGCUGGCUGGCAAAGGAUGAGGAGGAUGGUCAGCUGGAGAUAGAUAUGGACCCCUCAUCCACGGAGCAGAGGGAGAAGACAAUCCCUUAUGAGGUAACCAUCUGGACCAGCAACAAGCGAGGGGCAGGGACGGACGCCAAUGUCUUCCUCCAGAUGUACGGGGAGAAGGGUAAGAAGACAGAAGACAUCCAGCUCCGUAACAAGACGGACAACUUCGAACAGGCGGAGAUGGACAAGUUCAAAGUGGAGGCCGCAGACAUUGGCCGACUCCAGAAGGUUCGAAUUGGACAUGAUGGUGCUGGUCGAUUUGCAGGAUGGCACAUGGAGAAGAUGCUGAUUCAAAGGAAACCACUGUCUGGGACAAAGAAAAGACGAAGGCCGUCUGAUCUAGAGCGGCGCAGGUCCGCCAGAGAUGAGGAGGAGUCUGACUCCACCGGCUACAGCCCACCGUCCACGCCGAAACGCCGCAAGAAGAAGGCGCACAGGUCGAGUCUGGAGCGAGUAGAUGAGGCAGAUGAAGACGUGUAUGACGGUGAUGAGACAGAAGAUUACUGGUUCUUCGUAGAUCGGUGGUUUGCCAAGGGGGAGGACGACAACCAGAUUGUGAGGGAGCUGAUACCCACGGAUGAGAGGGGGAACAGGCUGAAGGGGACACUGAAAGAGCUGGAGUACACAGUGAAGAUCUUUACGGGUGACGUGUUUGGUGCUGGCACUGAUGCCAACGUCUUUGUCAACCUCUAUGGCGAGAACGGGGACUCGGGGGAAAGACACAUGAAAGAAUCAAGCAAAAUGAACAAGUUUGAGAAAAAUCAGGAGGAUGUGUUCAAAGUGAAGGCCAUUGACCUUGGUAAGCUGACAAAGUUGAAGAUUCACCAUGACAACAAGGGGGGCGGGGCUGCCUGGUUCUUGGACAGAGUAGAGGUGGAGGAGCCAAUCAGCAGAAAGAGCUAUUUCUUCCCCUGUCAGCGAUGGCUGGCGACCAAUCAGGAUGAUGGACAGAUAGCACGUGACCUGGUCCCUGUUGACCAAUCACUGCGGAGGAAACUUUCCCGCAAGGACUCAACAGCAAUCAGAGAUGAAAUUGCACUAGAAACUAAAGCUGCCAUGACGACAUACCAUGUGAAGGUGACGACUGGCAAUGUAUGGGGAGCGGGGACAGAUGCCAAUGUUUAUGUCAUCCUGUUCGGGGAGGAAGAUAUCACAGGCAAGAUGUUCCUGAAAUCAUCUCUCACCAGCAAGAACAAGUUUGAGAAGGGCAAGAUGGAUGAGUUUAUCCUGGAGUGUGUAAAGAUAGGAGAGCUAAAGAAAAUCAAAAUUGGGCAUGACAAUGCUGGUGGCGGAGCAGCAUGGCAUCUGGACAACGUCGUCAUCGACUGCCCCUCCCUGGGCCGCAUGUGGACAUUCCCCUGCAAUCGCUGGCUAGGAGAGAAGGAGGACGAUGGUGCCAUCGAGCGAGAGCUGUUUCCCCAAGAGCUCGCUACACAAGAAUAUGUGCCAUGCAUUCCCUAUGAGAUCACAACAUACACGAGCGAUCGCUCCGGGGCAGGGACGGAUGCAGAUGUGUUCGUUGUCCUGUACGGCAAGGAGACAUGCACGCUGCAGAAGCCAUUGUGUAACACUAAGCGGGAGAGGAAGGAGAAAUUCAACAAGGGGUCGGCUGACAAGUUUGUCAUCGAGUUGGAAGACGUGGGGCAGACCAUUGACAAGAUCCGUAUCGGCCAUGACGGUUCUGGGUUUGGUGCUGCCUGGCAUUUGAACAAGGUGGAGGUCCGCAAACUGCACACCACAGGAAAGAACAAGCCUCAGGGGUCCAUCACGUAUGAGUUUCCGUGUGAUCGGUGGUUGGCUCGUAAUGAGGACGACGGCGCCAUUGUGCGAGAACUGUUGCCGAAGAAGGCCACGAAGGAGGUCAUAGGGAGGGAUGGUGAAGUCAAGGUGGUCGACCAUAAACUACGUGACAAACUUCAAGCCAAGAAGUACAUCGUGAACGUCUACACGGGAGGUGAGAAAGGGGGAGGGACAGAUGCUAAUGUAUUCCUGACGAUCUUCGGAGAGCGGGGGGACACAGGGGAGAGGAAGCUCCACACCUCGGAGACACACCGAGACAAGUUUGAGAAAAAUCAGCAUGACAAGUUCAACAUAGAGGCAGGAGAUCUGGGAAAGCUGCACAAGAUCUACAUCCGCCAUGACAACUCCAUGUUGAGCCCUGCGUGGUACCUCGACCGCGUCGAGAUCCAGGACACCAUAGACAACCAGAACUACAUCUUCCACUGCGAGCGAUGGCUGGCCAAGAACAAGGGAGACGGCAAGAUAGAGAGGCACCUCUAUGUCAAGGGCUAUGAUGGCGAGAUGUCGAGUACAGGGACUCUCAGGUCCACCAAGUACGGAUCUGUCAGCAGCCUCGACUCCAUGCGAACCACAGACCCUUUCAGCAAAAGUCCGCGACUCAACCGUCGACAGUCCCUCAUGUCGUCCAUGGAGGAAGUAACGGAAGGCCCAACUAUUCCGUACACGGUGAAGGUGACGACAGGCAACGGCGAGGACAACGGCACCAGCAGCAACGUAUAUGUCCGGAUCAUCGGCCCGAAGAAAGUUCAUACUGGGAGACUGUUCCUGGAGCUAGCUCAGAAGGAAAACUUCACACCAGGAUCAGUCGAGACAUUCUCCCUGGAGGCCAUUGAGGUCGAUGAAGUCAAGAAAAUAGAGGUCGGCCAUGAUGGCAAUGCCCCUGGCACUGGGUGGUUCCUGAAGGAAGUGGAGGUCGACCUUCCCACCAAGGGCAAGCACUAUCACUUCACAGCUCAGUGCUGGCUGGCAAAGGACAAGGGCGAUGGUAGAAUCAGUCGAACCUUCAGCGUUGACGACGGGCAGAGCUCUGUCACCUCAUACAGACCAAUGUUACCUUAUGAGGUCAGCAUCCAAACUGGCGAUAUAUCAGAAGCAGGAACCGACUGUAAGAUCUUCAUCACCGUGUUUGGUCAAAAGGGGUCAACAUCGCAGAUGGAACUGCCCAAGAAUGAAGACCGCUUCGAGCGGGACAGGACAGACCUUGUCAAGCUGGAGUUGGAUGACAUCGCACCACUCAAAAAGUUGAGAGUGUCAGUGGAGCCUAAAGCCGGUCGCCAGUCCUGGUUUAUGGACAAGAUUGAGUUGCGUAACAUGGAAACCGGUGUGCUCUCCGUGUUCAAUUACAAGGAUUGGCUCGGCAAGGGGAAAGACAAAGGUGAAGGUCGUCUGUCAGUAGAUAUCCCGGCCACAGAGAGGGGCAAGGCUGUUAUUGGAAAGACCCACUACAAGAUCAGCGUGAACACAACGGACAUCCGAGGCUCUGGUACUGAUGCCAAUGUGUACAUCAUUCUGUUUGGCGCCAACGGUGACUCUGGUGAUAUUCACCUCGACAAGUCCGAGACCAACAAAGAUCCCUUCGAACAGGGCAGAAACGACGUGUUCACCAUCAAGAACAUUCUCACACUCGGGGAACUCAGCAAACUCCGGGUGUGGCACGACAACAAAGGCCUUGGAGCUUCCUGGCACCUGGCUUCCAUCGAUGUGGAAGACCUCUCUUCUCACAAGACCUACAACUUCAUCUGUAAUCGAUGGCUGUCGAAGAGCGAGGAUGACAAACAACUUAUCCGGGAACUGACAUGCAGCAACCAGCUCCAGUCCGAUUCAGGAUCCUCUGGCAAAGUCGUGUAUGACAUCGAGGUGACGACGACGGACAAAAAGGAAGGGGGGACAAUCCAUAACGCCUGGCUAAUCCUCGAGGGAUCCCGAAAAACAUCAAAACCUUUCCAUAUAGAAAACAGCCCACAGAACAAAGUACUACGCAGGGGACAAACUGACAAUUUCCGGAUGACGUCUGCCGCACUGGGAAAACUUGAAAGUUGCAUAAUCGGUGCUUAUGAGCGUGAAGAUCGGCCAAUCACAACGAGUGAAGGGAAAGAAGGUUCCUGGCAUUGUCAUGAGGUGGUAGUUACCGACACCACAGGCGGAGGAAAGUUCUACUUCCCAUGCAAGUCUUGGGUGCCAAUCAAUCGCAAAUUCUCCAAGAAUUCUGGCAAACAGCUUGAUGUGAAGAAGGUAGAGGAGAGCCAGGUGUCUAAGACCCGAGACCUGGCACCAGUGAAGUAUGAGAUCAUCGUCCACACUGGCAACGUGAAGGGUUCCGGAACCAACGCUAAUGUGUCCAUUACCAUAUUUGGUGAAAACGGUGAUACAGGAAAGAGGCCUUUGAAACAGAAGUUCCGGGAUCUGUUUGAGAAAAACCAGACUGACAAGUUUGAGAUUGAAGCUCUUGACCUGGGUGAGCUAAAGAAGAUACGUAUCGAACAUGACAACACUGGCUUCCGACCGGGCUGGUUCCUUGACAACGUACAGAUUGUCAACAAAGCUACAGAGGUCACGUACAACUACCCCUGCGAAAAAUGGUUUGACAAAGACAAGGGUGACGGAGAAAUAUGUCGGGAAGUCUAUGUAAGACAUGACUAGUGCUGCUUAUGGUGAUUCCCUAAAAACUGACUGUGAUAUUUUAAUCAGAACAACUGCUUAUUAUGAGACUCCUGAUAAUACGAGGUGUAAAUAAAUCAACCAUUAUGACAUAAACAAAUAGGUUUUAUCUAUUAGUCAGGAAAAAUAUGAACUUGUUGUUCCUUUAUGAUCAAUGUAAAUUACAUAUAUUUAUAUCUUAUUAGUUGUGACCAUGUAGUAUUUCUUCCCAAGGAUCUAUUUUUUUUAAGAAUUAUCUAAAGCUAAUGUUUAACAUGAAGUCAGGAUUGAUGAUAUUGCAGUGUGUAUCCAUGACAACCACCCAUAUUUACAUGCCAUUAAGAAUUCACAAACUAUAUUUAUUAUGAUAUGAAGUAUACAAAUACUGAUAGUCAAUACUGGGGCGGUCGGGUAGCCUAGUGGUUAAAGCAUUCACUCGUCACGCCGAAGAUCCGGGUUCGAUUCCCGACAUGGACACAAUAUAUGAAGCCCAUUUCUGGUGUCCCCCGCCGUGAUAUUGCUGGAAUAUUGCUAAACGCGGCAUAUAAUCAUACUCGCUCACUGAUAGUCAAUACUAGAUGCUGUUGGUUCUAUUGUAGCUUACUGUUGUGAUGUUACUGUUGUGACACUGUCAACUGGUUCUCAGGAAAGUAUCAUGUUAGUUUGUCCGUACGUUAUUGUUGAUUCGAUUUGCUAUUAAAGUGACCUUAACCAUGCAAGUGCCCCCACGAAGUCUUUACAUAAUAUUUUCUUUAAGACAUAUUAAAAAAAAAAAGAUUGUGGUACAAACGUAAAUUCACCCUGUGACCCAGGAAAUGGAGUUACUAUACCCCAAUAUAUAAUUAUGAAUACACAAUGUCAUUUAGAGAAAGUGGUCAAAUGUAACAUUUGGUUGUAUUUGAGAUAACACUUUCUUUGUAAAGAAAAAAUUCUCGUACUUUCUUUGGUUGAGUCCUAUCUGGGAUUGAAACCCAUGCUCCAAGUAUAACAUUAGUUACGGUAUAUAGUUAUACGAGCGAAUUCAUCCGUCCUUCCUGCUUUUUUUAAUGUUUUUAACUUAGAAACAUGUUGGAGUUGAAGUCGGAGUUAUUAGUGAGCCCUGCUAAUUUUUUGCCUUGUUUAAAGAUGGUGAACAUUAAAUUAUUAAAAAUUUAUGUUUCAUAGUUUUAAUUUGGGCAGGAUGAGUUGCACUAAGAGAUGAAACAUUUAACAGUUAUUAAACUUGGUAUGUAACAGUAUAAUGCCUGUCAUAUUGCCAAGAUUAUGUUUCAUUUAGUUACUCUUUUUAUAUUUUUACGGUUUACAGAUUUUUGCUGACCAAUUUCGAAAUAGAAAUCAAUUAAUGUGUCUCAACAUUUUAAAUUUAUUUGGCAUGAAGUUGUUUAAUUUUGUAUCUUGUUGAAGUUGUAUCUUUUUAUUUUUCAAAUCAGUCAAAGAUGACUCGAUGGAGCAAAUAAGAUAUAAAUCAGACUAUACUCAUUUUAUUUUCUGAUUGGACUUUUCGAAUCUGUAAAUCGGUAAAUAAACAAAGUGUUGACUUACUAGCUAUGUUAUUGUUAUGCAUAUAGCUUUUAACAGAGUAUUUUUGAUGCUUUAUCUUGUAGACAAUAUGUGAUGAAGUCUUAUUUUUUCUUCUGUGGGACCAAUUUUGCUAGAAGUCUUUUACAGUUGUUGUAUAUUGGAAACGUUGUACAUUUGUACAAGGCAGCAUAUAUAUAGUAUAUAUAUAUAUAUAUAUAUUAGGGCUGGCAUGGUCAACUCGGGUACCCGGGAUGGAUGGGUACUGAGUAGGACCCGGGUACCCACAGGACAAAAAUUAUCAAGAACUCU